CAACAAUGCUCGCUUACUUGAUACUAUAGCCUGCCUACCUUGACAAAAUGGUGGCAACGCACCAGAUGCUGCACACAUCGCAGCGGACACUAUGCCCGAAAGCAUUUACUGAUCGGCGAACACGUCUUAGAUCAACAUUUGCUCAACGCCCGGACAAUGCAACUGAUGGACCUUGCGCAAGCGGUCGUGCCGCCGACAGCCCAGGGCUUGCAAGCUUGUCGCAAGACCAGCUCGCACAAUUAGGGAGCGCUUCAAAGCUCAUAGCUGCAAGCGUAAUUGUUUACCAUGUCGCUUUCAGCAGCAGCGCUGCUCGUGCUGGGGACCGGCCAUGGAAGCCUCGUCGGCAUCAUCGACGAAUUGGAGAGCGUUUCACCAAUACUUGGGCGGAAGAGCUUGUCGAGGAGCAGGAGGGUGCCCGCGAGAAGCAGCAUGAGGCGGCGCGGCUGGCCAGGCUGCGGCUUGCAGAGCAGCGGGAGGCGGACCAGCGGCGAAUCCGGGAGGAGGAGGAAGCCAUGAAGCGGCGAGCGCAGGAGAUCCUGAUCAAGCAACACGAGGCCGCACGAUCCAACGGCCUCCCAUUCAAGAUCCUCCUCCCCGGCAGCUCAACCGACGUCGCGCCGCUGGUCGUCUGGAUCGCACUCGGCACCGCACUCGCCGUCGCGUAUCGCUCGCAACUCGGCGAAUGGCUGCGAAGCGGCGGCCGACGACGCAAAUCCGCCGGCGGCAAAUGGGUGUACGACAGAUCACUCGGCGGCCGCAAAGUCUGGGUUCCCGAUAGCUCCUCAUUCGGCGGUCCGACGUCAGCCGUAAGCCUGUCGGAGAAAGCCGGUCGCUCGCUAAAAGACGAGGAAUUCGAACGGUUGGCCUCAUUCGCCGCCGCCGCUCGUACCGGCGGCUCGUCAACUUCCUCCUCGACCUCUUCCCCAUCAGGGUCGUCGUCAUUAACAUCAUCUUCUGAUGCGGCGGCGACAGAACCGCCUGCGUGGUGGGAUCCGCCGCCAGUGUUGUACGCGCCCGCUGCAGUAAAGGCGGCGCGAGCGGAGGAAGCAGCGCGGUUGCUAUCCCGACUCGAGUCCGCCAAAGUGUCUGGACGGGACUACGAACUAGCAGACAUUCGCGCACUGAGGCGCGCGUGUCAGGAGGGCCAUGUGAGUGUAAAACCCAAGACGGUUGGCGGUCGCGACGCGAUCUUCCGCGCCGCCGUCGAGGCGGCGGUGGCGGCGGCGCAGUCGCGUAACGCCUCGUCGCUCGACGACGCGAGCCCCGGUCGGUGGGUCAGUGCGGUGGCGACGGAUCUGGGAAUGGAG